UAUUUUAGGUUAUGUUUCGUAGUAUUCUGUCAGCUGUUUACACCGCUUCACGCAGUUCAAGAAAUAGAUCAAAUAAACUUUGAAAUCCAAUAUGUUUUCAAUCGACGCGCCUGUUGAACUCCAGAGUACUGAAUUUUGCAAUUACCGGUCUCCGCUGAGCACAAGAUAUGCAUCGAAGGAAAUGCAGUACAAUUUUAGUGACCAAAAGAAGUUUUCAACAUGGAGGAAACUGUGGAUUUACUUGGCUAAAGCUGAAAAGGAGCUCGGGCUAGACAUCACUGAUAAGCAGAUCGCUGAGAUGGAAGCAGCGAUUCACGACAUCGACUUCGAGUCAGCAGCCGAGCACGAGAAGAAAGUGCGUCAUGACGUGAUGGCUCACGUGCACACCUUGGCUGAGAAGUGCCCUAACGCAGCUCCUAUCAUCCAUCUUGGAGCAACGUCGUGCUAUGUAGGAGACAACACAGAUCUGAUUGUGUUGAAGCACGGUCUGGAUCUGUUGUUGCCAAGAUUGGCGGCUAUCAUCAGUCAGCUGGCCAAUUUUGCUGAUGCGCAUAAGUCCCUUCCCAUGUUGGGAUUUACGCACCUGCAACCUGCACAACUCACCACAGUUGGUAAACGAGCUUCACUGUGGCUUAGCGAUCUUUUGAUGGAUGAGCGCGCUUUGUCAAGAGCCAGAGAUGAUUUGCGUUUCCGCGGGGUCAAAGGCACCACUGGUACCCAGGCUUCAUUCAUGCAACUCUUUAAAGGAGACGGAGAAAAGGUUCGAGCUCUAGACAAAAGAGUCGCUGAACUGGCUGGAUUUGAUAAACGAUACAUAGUCACUGGACAAACCUAUUCCAGGAAAGUAGAUUUAGAAGUGAUAUCCGCCUUGUCGAGUCUUGGAGCUACGGUCCAUAAAAUGUGUUCGGAUAUACGAUUGCUGGCCUCUCGUAAAGAACUAGAAGAACCUUUUGAAGCCUCUCAGAUUGGAUCAAGUGCCAUGCCUUAUAAGAGAAACCCGAUGAGAUCAGAGCGUUGCUGUGCUCUAGCUCGUCAUUUGAUUACAUUGCAUUCAAACGCUGCAAACACUCAUGCAGUUCAGUGGUUAGAGAGAACUCUCGAUGAUUCAGCAAAUCGUCGUAUAACACUAGCUGAAGCCUUUCUCACUGCUGAUGCUACUUUGCUUACAUUACUUAAUAUUUGCCAAGGAUUAGUCGUGUAUCCCAAAGUUAUAGCACGAUACAUUUCCCAAGAGCUACCUUUUAUGGCAACUGAGAAUAUCAUAAUGGCAAUGGUACAGGCUGGAGGUGACCGUCAAGUAUGCCAUGAAAAAAUUAGAGUACUCUCGCAUGAAGCAGGCGCACAAGUCAAACAACAUGGCAAGGAUAAUGAUUUGAUCGACCGUGUGAAGAAAGAUCCCUACUUUGCUCCGAUAAUCCCGCAAUUGGAUAAAAUUCUUGACGCUUCUACAUUUAUUGGAAGAGCUCCUGAUCAAGUCACGGAAUUUAUUGAAGAAGAAAUCAAGCCCAUAUUAACCAAAUACAAAAGCACAUUAGAGGAGGGUCAGAAACCUGUAACUUUGAAUAUUUAAAGCUUUCUUUUUGUUUUUAUCAUUAUUAAAACUUCCACAUUAAUAAGAGUAAUUCCAAAGUUGUCAACGUUGAUAAAAUAACUUUUAUGAUAUCGGGAGGUAAUAAAAUGCUUUUUCAUUAAAAU